UCUGACACAGACUAUUUCUCUCACACACACAAACACACAUAUUAACCUUUAGAUUAACAUAAUAGCCUCCCUCUUCUUGCAACCAGUGGCCAGUUCAAUUUGUCUUUACUCUAUGUUUUUGCACAACUUGUUAUCAAAAUGCACUGCCUACAAAAUUAGUCGGACAGCAUCUAAAGACACAGACAAUAGACAGAAUCCUGUUUACUGUAAACACUGGCUUUAUAUUCCCAACCCUCACCAUAAUCUCUGAAUUGUGUGCUGGGUAAAUCUAUAAAGGGAUUUUCUGGGAAAAGCCUGUUAGUUUAGCAGACGGAUCCAAGGGUGGGAUUGGUAUGGACGGGAAAACUUGCUUGCUCAUUCUAUAUCAGCAGGAGUACAUGAGUCAGCGCUUGCUCUGUUACACCCUGAGUUGUUGCAACACACACUCUCACUCCCUCUAUCUCUCCCUCCCUCUCACGUACUCACACACAGGCCAUAUGACUGAGUCAAGCUCAGUUUUUAGUUUGUAGCCGAGUUGCAAUAAGGCUUUCUGGGAUUCGUAGCCUGGUUUGACGUCAUUCCAUUUAGAAUGUGUGCUCAGCAGCUGGGACUUUCUUUAAUACUCUAAAACACUUGGAUAUAUAACGUCAGCCUUGUAAGAUGUCCCUGAUGGCCACGUCUGCCCCCCGAUCGUCUGUGUUUACAUUUGAAUCUACAGUACAUUCCUCCCAUGUGCUGCGCUGCCUGGACGAGCAGCGUCGCCGGGACACGUUGUGUGAUGUUACUGUGGUGGUGGAAGGUCAGAGUUUCAGAGCCCACCGCUCAGUGCUCGCUUCCUGUAGCGAGUACUUUACACACAAAAUCUCCUCCCUCACCCAGCAUGGAGCGGUCAUCACUUUGCCACCAGAGGUGACAAUUGCUGGUUUUGAACCCUUGCUGAAGUUUGCCUACACAUCCAAACUUCUCUUCGGGAAAGACUGUGUCUUAGAAAUACGUAACUCAGCUUCCAUUCUUGGUUUCAGAGACCUAGACGAGGCAUGCUUUGAUUUUCUCCUCCCUAAGUUCUUCUCCAGCAGCAAUGGCUCUGCUCCUGUUCCGAGAAAGACCUGUUGUAAGAAGAAAUGCAAGAGGCGAUUAUCAAAGGAAGACGGUGGCAUUGACUCUAACAAUGUAUUGUUGGAUAAGGAAGAAGUAAAACCAGUUGCUGACUCACCAUCUCAGCAGGAACCGGCUUGGCACUGUCACAAAUCAGUGAACAGCAAAAUGGAAAGUCAGAACAGUACAGGCGCUCUGACACCUGUAGUUGAAAGGACAAACGACCAAUUUAUGCAGUGUCCUAAGUAUCGCAAGUUCCAGCUGGCAUGUGGGAAGGAAACUUGUGUCACAGAGAAAAGUCUCAACAACUCAGUAACAGUAAUCAGGGAUGACAGUAACCUCUCCUGCUUGCCCUGCUCCAGCAGUGUGAGCAGCAAGAAUGAAACUGACAUUACAUUCCCUGGAAAUUCAUUCUCAAAUUUCACCAGGCAGAGCAAAGGAGGGGCUGAUGAGCCAUGGGAAACUGAAAUACAUGACAAGAAAACAGAGAAUGGUGUGGACAGAGGGGAGGUUGAUAUGAUUGAGAAAGACACAAAUGAAAGGCAGAGAAAAUGGAAAAAGAAGGAAAGAGAGAUGGUUGUGGAGGAAAACAUUAGCUCUUCAGACAGAUCCAAUGUCAAGGCAGUCUCCUCACAGCCAAGCACCGCGCUGAGUGAGAGGUCAUCAGAGUUAAUAUUGCACAAAUGCCCCCUGAAGAUCUUUGGUGAGGGCCCUGCAAUCACUCAGUCACUGGGGCACAAGAGGUUUAUCAUAGACAUUACAGAAGGCAAGAAAACAAGGGACUGCUGUUUACUAGCGCCAGUAUCCAUUCAUCGAACAGCAGAGGAACAGGUAGAAGCUGAGUGGAAAAGGGCAGAUGAUGAGAUCGUACAGACAGGCAACACGGAGAGAGCAGCCCUGUUGGUAAAUGAUGCCAGAGAAAGGAGCACUGUGGAAAGGGAGGUGGCAGAGCAUCUGGCUAAGCGGCUGGGGUCUGACGUGGGCUUGUCUCAGCUGAACUUCCAGGACCCUGAUGCAGGAAGUUCCUCUGAUACAGGGAGCAGACAUGCACAGAGCACAUCUUUAAAGUGGCUGCAGUUCCAGAACCUCAGCUCCACAAGCACCAGUUGUCCCUUUUUCCAGGAUCUGGAUCAAAGCAAAUGUUUAUGGAAAGGAGCAGAGCUGUCUGAGUGCGAGGGGGCAUCUCAGUCCGGUGUGUCAUCCCUCAACUCAGGGGAGGAUGGAGACUCAGAGACAGAAACAGAAGGAGACAGUGAGACCUACACAAGAGAAAGGGCCAGACAGGUGCAGUUGCCAUACUCUGUAGAUUGGAUUGUGGAUCUGAGCAGAAAUGACUUCCAACAGCUGCUAAAGCAACAGGUCUUUACGCAUGAACAGCUGGAGUUUGUCCACGAUAUGAGACGUCGCAGCAAAAACCGCCUCGCGGCUCAGCGUUGCCGGAAGAGGAAACUAGACUGCAUAUAUAAUCUGCAGUGUGAAAUCAACAAGCUGAAGACGGAGAGGGAGAAACUGAUGACGGAGAAGAACCAUCUGAGCCAGCUGAAGUUGAAAACAUGUCACAGUGUCUCUGCAUUAUGCCAGAGGGUCUGCAACGAAGCCAACCUGCAGCCAGAACAGCUCCAGGUGUUAGCCAAAUACACCUCUGCAGACUGCCCUCUGUCCUCCUUCUUUCCUCACAUAGACACACUCCUUUCACAGCCGCAGGCUUUACUCUCGGCCUGUUUUGUGGGCCUUGAUAAGUACAUGGCGUCUGAGGAGGCCUCGUCCAGCUCCAGAAGGGAUUCAGUCACAGGAGAUGGUGAACAUUCGCUUUAGAUACCCAUUCAGCACACAUACAUUCAGCACAUGAUCUCAAACUAGUUAUUAAACGGUUCCCACACUGUAUCAUACAGUAUCUGAAGACAUUACCCCGGACUAUGGACUGAGUACAGGCUGCAUAAUAAAGCAGUGUCAUAAUUGUGAUCCAUUUAUAAUGAAAUGUAAUCAGCACACAUUUUAAUUGAUUCCUGCUACCUUUUCAAUUUAAAACAUUAACCUUAAAUUGAGAGGUCAGGUAUGCAUUCCACGUGUCUAAAACCAUUCAUUUUACUUUUACACCAAGUAUAAGUCUCUCAUGACCUUCUGUAGCGAAUGUUUCACGCUUUGCUAAUUAAUUAUUAGACUUUGCUUUCUGGUUAAAGCUGAAAGGUACCUGCUUAUAAAUCAACGCAGCCAGCCAGGGUGCAUGUUGAGAAUGUCAAAAUGUUAGCACUGAGACAAUCAAAACUUAAAUCAUAUAUCAAAGGGACCAAUGGUCUUCACUGAUUGAUUACCUCACAACACACUUCAUCCUCAUGUACUUUAAUUGUUUAAACAAUAAUUUUGAUACAGGUUCUCAGGUGGAAAUAGGACAAUUCAGCAUAAGAUACCUCUUGCAGACAGUGUUGGUUCUGCCCUCUUUAUGCAGAGUACAACGCAAAACAGCAUUUUGCACCAAAACCAGACAACUCAGUAAAUAGACUUGAUGUUUACCUGCUGGUCAUGUCUAGCUAUCAUAUUUCAGGCUGUCAUUGUGGUUGUCUGACCACAGUGACAGGGCACACAGCUCCCAGAGCAUUGCUUUGACUCACCAAACAGACCUCACAAAUUUGCCUAAAUAAGUUAAACAUGCUGUCUAAAGAAAGUGCACCUUGGAAGAGCUUUCAUGCAUGAACAAAGUACACUUUCAGGUGAAAAUCUGCCUCACUCUGUGUAAUGAAAAUCCUUCCCAUUAUUUGUCACAUUAUGUUUCUGUCCUGUACUGUGGCAGGUAAUGGACUCUUCUAAUAUAUGUCAUGGAAAUAUGGUGUUACCCAUAAAUUAAUUAUCUUUAACACCCUUAUCUAAAUUACUGUCAAUGGUCAAGUAAACAAAGUAGCAUUAACUUGUUGUGUAUAUUUUGUGUUUCCUGUACUAUCAACCACACAAUUAUUUUAUUUGUUUUGUGCAUCCCAUUCAUUACUCCAUUUUCUGUAGCUUUUCUGUUGACUUUCACCUAUGAUCUUUCACCUAUUUUCUCGCUGCUUAUAGAUCUUUGACACUCAUGAUUAAGUUUCACUGUAUUACAUGUGCAUAUAUUUAUGGAUUCCUUUUCACUCAUGAUAAUCAUUACAGUGCAGCUGGUCUUAGAACUAUUUGUGUAAAAUAUGAAAUAAUACAGUAAAUACAAAACAAAUCAAAAGGUAGCCUAUACAUUGAUUUUAUGAGGAAAUGCUGAGUAACCACAUUGUAUUUUUGAGGACAGUGGGGUGUAAGGGUGUUACGAAAUAUGUUUUUUUCGCCCACCAAGCUGACUCCAAACACUGGUGCUUAUUGCCCUCUAGUGGCAGUGCCUGUACAGUCAAUACACUGAGAGCUGUACUGUAUGCUGUAGAAGUGUACUACAGUAGCCUAUAUGCUGCACAAGUUCCUCUACUACUGUGUUCCUUUGUUGUUAAUCCGCAAAAAUGACAAUUUUCCAUGGCAAUGUCUGAAUGGAUUCCUGCAUUUUUAAGUAAAAGUGAAACUGAACCAAUCAAUAUUAAACAGUAAAAUAUGCUAUCAUCCCCCACUUGUGACGAUGAUUGCUAGUGCAAUGCCAUGUUAUUGAAAAACAUCAGUAAGGUUAAUGAGAUGUAAAAUCUGUCAGUGUUCAGUGUGA